UCGCCACAGCAACGGCGUCGUCAACAAAUCGUAAUCUAACCUAUCUGUCAAUCCGUUUCGCUCGGCAUUUUCACGCGAUUGUGCGUUAUUGCUUUGACAGGAUGUAGACAGAGAAUCGUCGUGUAGAUAAGUUGAAAGUUAUCGCAUUCACUAUGCGUUAAAACGAGCGAGGAAAUUCCGCAAACAGCGGAUUCUUGCAUCUCGCGGAAUGCUGUAAAUUUCAAUACUUUUUCAACCGAACAAUGUGAAAGAUAGAUUAAAAAAUUCAAGUAGGCCGAAUACAAGAUAGAGACCAGAAUGGAUGAAGCAGAAUACAUAGCUCUGAUCGAGUGGUACUGCCGACAUCACUAUUACAAUGGCAUGCUAACUCAAGCCAAGCAGGCGCGUGACUCUUAUCCGAACAGCGAGCGGCUACGGCUCCUAGUCUGUCUGGCGAACAUCUUCAUCGGCAAGAGUCACGAGGCCAUCAAGGAAAGCUCCAAUUUACUCAAUUAUGCGGAUUUCAUGCUACCGACGUUACUCGUGCAAAACAUCGCCCUGGUCGACAGCGAUGCGGAGAGGAGCACCGUCACCCAGAUAGAGAACAGAAUCCGAGACGAACGCAGGAAAGCAUCCUGCGUCGCGUUGUGCCUGGCGGCGUCCGUGUUGCUUCUUUCUCGCCGAGCAGACAAAGCGAAGGAGUACAUAGACAGAGCGAGUAAAUUGAAACCUACCAAUAUCAACGUGCUGCUCGUCAAAGGAUGGCUGGGGCUCAGUUUGAAACCAAACGCCAACGCCCCGGAAAUAGAAAACUUCUUUGAUUUGGUUCUAAAGGAAGAGUCGAGGAAUUUGAGCGCGUUACUGGGCUCCGCAGAGAUGAAGCGACACGCUGGGGACUACCCGGGAGCCAUCAUGAUACUGAACUCCUUGAUCGUGCGCUACCCGAAGCAGCCACUACCGCUGGUGGAGAAGAUGCGGUGCCUACUAGCGGCGAAAGAUUGGGAGCAGGUGUUGGAGAUGGUGAACCGAGUGCUCUCGCUCGAGUCGAACAACUUGGACGCCAUCAAGGCGAGCUCGGUGGUGGCACUGUGCAGAGACGGUAAUCCCAGUGAGGGUUUACCGCAGCUGCAGCUGUUCCUACGCAACUCGCUGAUUGCUGAGCCAAAGAAUGUGUUCCUGCUCACUGAGAAUCUACAUUUGUUCUCCGGCAUCGCGUUCCAAGACCACGGGAUUCUUGUAGAACUAGCGCGGACGGCCGAGAAGAUGCUGCAGGCGACGUCCUCGGGCAACGCGGAGUUAAUGGCGGAGCUGGGCGAUCUGUAUGUCGCGCUAAACAAUGUCAAGGACGCGGAGCGCUGGUACAAGAACACCAUCCGCGCGGAUCCGUCUUCUUUCACCGCGCUCCUGGGACUGGCGCGCUGCCAGUUGCUGCAGGGAUCUGCGGAGGAUCUGGAGCAGGCGCGACAACAGGUGGAGAUCAUGAUGGAAAUACAGCCGCAUUCAAAAAACGUGCAGCUAUUGUUCAUGUCCGCGAAGAUCACUUCCAACGAAAACAGCAUUAAGGCACUCGGUUAUCUAGACGCGGCGACAAAUAUCUUGUUGAGGAACUGCGAGGGUCUUCCCUACGGCUACGAAUACCUCAACGAGCUUAAACCAGAUUUAUGCCUUGAGAUUGCGAAGCAACGUCUGAUGCAUUCCUUGAACAAGUCCCCGAUGAGCGAUGAGCUGGGUAGCGCAAUGGAGAAGGAACCGAGCGUCCGUUUGUUGGAAUUGCUAGUGGAAGCCUGUCCAGGUUCUAGCAUGGCUAUGUUACUACUAAGCAAGGCUAAAAUGCAAAGCGGCGACUACGAUGGAGCGUUGAUCUUGCUCAGAAGAUUGUUGGACACGGUAGAACCAUCUAAUGCACAGGCCCAUCUCACAAUGGCUCAGAUUCUGGCGUAUCAGGGCAAAUAUCAGCUUGCUUCGCAGAAUCUAGAAGUCGGCCUGAGCUACAACUUCAAGAUCCGAGACGAGCCAGUCUAUCAUCUGAUUAUCGGCAUGGUGCAACGACAGGCUGGUGAUCUGCAGAAUUGCAUCAAAAGCUGUCAGACGGCUAUGUCGCUUGCAGGAUUGAUUGGCAGUGCCAAAAGAAAGUCCGAUAUAUCCACGUCGGAUCGAGCGACAUUAUAUCUAGAGCUGAUUGCGGCAUACAGCAAGGCAAGACGGUUUCCGGAGGCACUGGCACUUGUCGACGAGGCGAAAACGAAUCUCUCCGGCACCACUGAGCUUGGAAGAAUCACCAUCGGCACUGCCGAGAUCUACCUGGAUAUAGGAGAGUUGGAGAAUGCCAUCAGUUGCUUACGAAACGUCCGUCCAGGGCAACCCUACUAUGUACAGGCGCACACCAAAUUGGCUGAGAUCUAUUUGAACUACAAGAAAGAUCGUCAGGCGUUUGCGAAGUGUUUCAAAGAAUUGGUGGAACAUUGUCCUGGACCGAAGACGUACAGCAUGUUGGGUAACGCCUACAUGUCCAUCCAGGAGCCCGAGAGAGCAAUAGAGGCGUACGAGCAAGCUCUUUCACAGAAUCCAAUCAACAAGGCGGACAUUGCGAAUAAAAUGGGCAAAGCGCUCGUCAAAGCGCAUCAAUAUACGAAAGCAAUCAGUUAUUACAAGGAUAUAGUGAAGCAGGACAAUUGCACCGCUCUAAAAUUAGAUUUGGCCAAAUUGUACAUGAAGAUGAAGCAGCACGACAAGGCAGAAGCCACUUUGGUGCAAGAGCUACAAGACAAGCGAGGAGAGUCUGACAUCUUGAGUUUGGAGAUGCGGGGACAGGAGUUAUUGUUGCUUGCCAAGGUGCGCGAGAAGUCGGGUAACAUCAGGGGCGCGUUAGCGACUUUGAAGGAAGCCAAGGAGAAUCAGCAUAGGUACAUCCAGCGUCUCAACGUUUCACCAGACGUCGCGGAUCAGAAACACAUGCUGGCAAAUAUCUGUUUGACGAUGGCAGACUACGCGUCGACCUUACGCAGUUACGACGAAGCUAUUGUGUAUUAUAAGGAGGCGUUGGCUCACAAGCCUACGGACGUAAAUGCCCUACUUUCCUUGGCGAAACUGUAUAUGCAGAUGAACAACUUAGAUCGGUGCGCGCAGAAUUGUUCCAUCUUGCUGAAUGCAGAUCCCAACAACGAAGCUGCAUCGGUGAUGAUGGCGGACCUCGCGUUCCGGAAGGUAGAUUUCGAUACCGCGGCCUUCCACUUCCGACAGUUGCUGAUACGCCAACCUACCUAUUGGACUGCCCUGGCAAGAUUGAUAGAAGUGUCGCGCAGAACAGGUACUAUGGACGAUCUCAACGAGUGGCUGCAACGCGCGCAGGUCGCGAUGGGUAUUGGCAACGUCGAGGCUGGCUACUAUUACUGCGCCGGGUUACUGGACUGGCGGACGGGCAAGCUGAACUCCGCUCUUCGCAAUUUCAACUUCGCGCGACGUGAUCCAGAAUGGGGCCAACAGGCGAUUUACAAUAUGAUCGAGAUCUGUCUGGAUCCGGACGACGACACCACUUUAUCGAACGAGGCCUUCGACGAGGACGUUGAAUAUCAGGAUUCAAGGACGAUGGCUUUGAGAACGGCUUACCGAUUGCUUCAAGAAUUGAAUCCUAAGGGCAGUCCUCAUGAAGAAUUGACUCACAAGCUUUUAAGCAACUUCUUCUUGUUGGCCACCAAGCAGAAGUCUAACAUCGAGAAAGCUCUGCAGGACUGUACGGCGUUGGCCAGUCAGGAGACUCUGAAAGAUCACGUAGGGCCCGCUCUUGGCAUGGCUACUGCACACAUCCUGCUGAAACAAACACCGCGCGCCCGCAAUCAUCUGAAGCGCGUUAGCAAGAAUGUAUGGACGUUCGAAGACGCCGAGUACUUGGAACGUUGCUGGUUGCUACUGGCGGACAUCUACGUGCAAUCCAGCAAGUACGAGCUGGCGAACGAGUUGCUGAAACGAGUACUGCAGCACAACGCUACCUGCGUGCGAGCCCACGAGCUGUCGGGCCACAUCUCCGAGAAGGAUCAAAAUUAUCGCGAGGCCGCGGCGCGAUACGGUCAGGCCUGGAAAUUCGGCGGCAAAACAAAGUUGUCGGUCGGCUACAAGCUGGCUUACUGCUGCUUGAAAGCAAAGGCCUACGCAGACGCGAUCGAGGCGUGCAACGAAGUACUGAGGCAGAACACAGAUUUUCCGAGAAUCAGGAAAGACAUCUUGGAGAAGUGUAUCAAUAAUCUUCGCACGUGA